AUGAUCUUGUUUUUUAUCUUUGUUUUUGCUGUGUACUCUCAACCGCAUCUUCCUGUUAUUAGAGUUUAUUACAAUGAAACCAAAAAUUGCUCUUUCGUUAGUCUUUGGAAAAAAUUUGCACCAUCAUUAACUCAUGAUAAAUUUACUUUAAAAUUUGGUGGUGGUGAUACAUUUGAGCAUUUGUUUUUUAUUGGUAAUGAUACAAAUGAGGCUGUACUUAUUGGGAUAGAACAAAGUCGUUUUCCUGAUUAUUAUCUUGAAAACCAAAAACCAUUUGUAAAACUUGUUGGAAGUGAUCAUAUUAGUUCUCUUAGUGUUUCUUUAGUCCCAUCAAAAUCUUAUCUAUUUACUAAUGUGAUUAAUUUACUUAAAAAAAAAGACUUCAAAGACACAAUUAUUCUUUCUCGACCUCAAUUACCUUCUCAUUUCGAUUCAAUCAUUGUUACUGAUCUAUCAAAUGAAACAUUAAAUUUACUUUUAUCAUCAGAAGUUGAUAAAGACAUUCCAGUUAUUAUCUUUUUUGGAAUUUAUGCCUCUUCAGAUACUGAUUAUUUUAUUAAACAAUUACAACACAGAAAGUAUACAUUUAUCAUUGCACCAACAGUUUCAAGAGAUCACACUUAUCGAUUGAGCCAAGACUAUGUCCCCUACCAAGCAUUUCUUUUUGAUGCAAUGCUUGUUGCUUCUCAUGGAAUUCAAAUUCAGUCUAACAAAUCACUUUCUCCUCUCUCAAUUUAUGAAAGACUUAUAAGUACUCAAUACAAUGGGAUGUCUGGAUUAUUUUCUUUUAAUAUGAACGGAGAACGUGAUAAAUUUUUGUUUUCAAUAUAUGAAGUCCAACCUAAAAGUCAAUUAAACCGUCUUGGUUUUAUUAAUCAAAAUGGCUAUGAAAUUUUAAAUGAAUCAUUACUUCCAUCAAAAAACUUAAAAAUGAAACGAAUCAUAAUUAUUGUUUUUGUUACAACAUUUGUUGUUGCUGUAUGCAUCGUUUGUGUUUUAAUCAUUAGUAUAUUUGUUAAAAAAGCAAGUUCUAAAAUUAUUGCUAUUAAAGAUAUUGCUUUUACAUUACCUCCUCUUUUUAGUAAUGACCAUGCAAAAACAUAUUAUGGAAUGUGGAGAUUAAAGAAGGUUUGUGUGAAGGUAUUAACACAACCACAUAAUUCAAAUCAGAUUGCUGAAUCAAUUUAUCAACUUAAGAAAGUAAAAAAUGAGCAUAUAAUUAAAAUAUUCGGAGGUAAUAUUAAUCCUGAAUUAAUUGUUAUGGAAUAUGCAGAAAGAGAAUCACUACUUGAUGCUGUUCAACGGUAUGAUCCUUAUAUUCAGAUCAAGGAUGUUCAACACAAAAUAAUUGGUCAAACAUUACAAGGAUUAUCAUUUCUUCAUAAAAAAAAUGUCCUUCAUCUAAAUCUUACACCAUCUAAUAUUCUAUUAACUGAAAAAUAUGAUGUUAAGCUUAGUGAUAUGGAUAGUUCAUCGUUUAGCCAUGAUAGAAAACAAGAAGUUGCGAAUUGGAAGAAAAGAAAGAUAAGGUAUUGUCCACCAGAACUACUAAAUGAAUUAGACCUUGAUGAAACUACUGAUGUUUAUAUGUGGGCAAUGAAUAUAUUUUAUCUAACAACUACAGUUCAUCCCUUCCAAGAAAUAUCAAAUAAAGGCAAAUUAAUCCGCGCUAUUAAUUCAGGGAUUCGUCCUAUUUCAACAUUGAUUAAUGAUAGAUCUAUCGAAGAAUGUGUUGAAAUGUCUUGGAAAAAUGAUAAAGAAAAUAGACCAUCUAUAGAUGAAUUACACCAGUACACCCAAUUUACUCAGUUUGUAUCUCCAUUACCUAAUUUUUGA